AUGAUCUUGUAUAUCUUUUCAAAGAUAAAAUGUAAAAAAAGCUUAAAAAAACAAACAAAAGUUUAAAUAGAAAUAAUAACUAAUUCUAACCUGAAGUAAGAAAAUCAAGAACAUGAUGUUCAAAAUAAUGCAACACCAAUAUAAAAUAAUGACUAAGCAGGAGUAUCAACUAUAACACCUGUUACUCCUUAAGCGCCAUUGAAUUUAGAUAUCUUUGUUGAUAAAGGCAAGAAUGAAGAAAAAAUAAAUUUUGAUAUUUAAAAGACAGAAAUAAAAAAUAUUAAUAGCCCCAUUUAAAUAUAUCAAAAUGAAGGAUAGAAUAAGUCUUUAAUACCAGUUUUUAUCCUAAAUAAAGGCUUAUAAAAAGAAUAAAAUGAUAUUGAACUUAACUUAUAAUAAAAUGAAUUAAGUCAUUUAAACAAAUAAUAGUACAUUCAAUCUUCAAAUUAACCAAUUUAUUAAAGUCAAAAUAAUUAAAUUGAAGAUAAAAAUACUGUUGAUAAUAUAUAAAAUUAUGGCAAAAGAAGAAACUCAGAAGUAAUAUAACCACCUGAAGCUCCUCUACCUCCUGAGCAGAGUGAAAAAUCUCAAUUUUCUAUUAUAAAUUUGGAGAAUAUUUGA